UGUAAUGUCAAGUCAAAAUUUGUGCUUUACUUUGGAUUUUGGAACAAGUUGGUUCGAUAUCUUCAGAAAUUUGUGAUUAAAAACUUAAUAUUAAUAGGAAUUUGACGAAUAAUUAUCAGUUACUCUUAGGUAGUAACUAAUUAAGAUGGCGGGUCAAAUUUUGUUCCAUUUGCUUGGGGCUUUACAGUUCGCCUUUGGGUGUUAUUACGAUCACACGUAUGUAAGACUCCCGGGCACGACUGGUGCAGGAUCCUUUGGAGGAAAGUUAAAGUUUUUAACUUUCAUUGAUGCCAUAAUUCAAACGGUGUACUUCACUGUGGCGCUAAUAAAUGAUGUUUGGGGCACCAACGAGCCGACGCCGUCAGUGAAGCCACUGAUUCGACGCAUAAAGGACACCUUGUUUAGUACUUUAGCAUUCCCAGUGGCAAUGUUUGUUGGCAUCACUUUCUGGGGCAUUUACGCCAUUGACAGAGAGUUGAUUCUGCCACAGAGGUUGGAUGCAAUUUUUCCAUCAUGGUUGAACCAUGUCAUGCAUACUAAUAUUGUUGCUUUUACUUUAAUUGAACUCCUAGCAUCAUUCAGAAUGUAUCCAUCUAGAAGUCAUGGUAUUUCCCUUUUGACCGCUUUCAUGUUAUGCUAUGCUAUAUGGAUACAUGUCAUCUAUGUCCAAACUGGAGCUUGGGUUUAUCCAGUCUUAGAAGUUCUUAACUGGCCACUAAGGGUUGUAUUUUAUUUGUUCGGUCUUGGAUUUGUAUUAUCGCUGUAUGUUGUUGGAGAAAGAAUGAACAAAGCUGUGUGGUCCAAAGAAAUAGAGAAGACAGUUAAGUCAGGAAAGAAAAAAGCUAAGUAAUUAUGUAACAUUGAGUACAAAAUAAAGGGAUUUUUAUUCUAUUUAGGAGAGUACUUGUAACUUAUUUAUUAUUAAUUGGGAUAGUAAUAUGAUUAUUUUAAGUGGGAUGGUAUUUUGAUGCCCUUACAUAA